CGACGUUGGACGAGGACUAUGGGGAAGCAGAUUAUCACGAUCCUGGUCCUGAUAAACCGCUUGAUCCGUUCACUGAAACUCCUUUUAUCAGUGAAAGGCCUUACACGGUAUCAUCUACGAGUCACGGAAUUGUCGAUCAUUCUAUUGAUGAUCGUAACGAGAAAGACGAAGACGAAUACGAAGAAGAAGAUAACGGAUUUGACCAUCAUGUACCUGUAACUGAAGCGGAAACGGAAAAGCCAGUAGAGACGUCAAGUCAAAGUAUUGCCGGUUACCUCGAAGAUAGGUGCCGCGGAGACGACAAGUUCCGAUGCGGUAGUUCGAAUGUGAUCAUUUGCGAUGUGCAAAAAUGUGAUGGAGUCCGUGAUUGUCCAAACGGCGCGGAUGAAGACCUUCCUGAAUGUUUACCAGGGGUUCCAACUACGAUAGAUUGCACCGACCAGGAGUUCAGAUGCGAUAAUGAUAAAUGUAUUGCCAAAUCGAAGAAAUGUGAUCACGUGCGUGACUGUGAAGACGGAUCUGAUGAGCUGGACUGCCCAACUGCAGCCCCACCGGCAAGAGAUUGCGGUGACGACGAUUUCACAUGCAGUAAUGGAGAUUGUAUCACAGCUGAGCAGCAAUGCGAUGGCCAUGAGGAUUGUGAUCAUGGCGAAGAUGAGCUGCAUUGUUCAAAACGAGAAUGUGCAUCAAGUGAAUUCCAAUGUAACGACGGCCGUUGCAUAUCGAAAGAAAAUGUAUGCGAUGGAAUCAAACAUUGCCAUGAUGAAGAAGACGAGGAUUGUGAGUUCGAAGGUGACGAAUGUGGUGUGCAUGAAUUCCAAUGUCUCUUGGAUAGAGUUUGCAUUCCUAUGGAGUACCGCUGUAACAGCCGACUGGAUUGCUUUGAUGGAUCUGACGAGAAAGGUUGCGAAUCUUGUAAGGAAGAUGAUUUCCACUGCGACAAUGGCCACUGCAUUCCCAUGAGCCAAAGAUGCGAUCGCUUUCAUCAGUGCAGCGAUGGCAGUGACGAGAAGGGUUGUAAAACGGAAACAUGUAGCACUCAAGAAUUCACCUGCCUAAGUGGUGAAUGCAUCAAUGAUCGUGAUUACUGCAAUGGUAUCGCGGAUUGUGAUGAUGGUUCCGAUGAACGUGACUGCCCUCGGAAGUGCGAUGACCGUUAUGAGUUCACAUGCUCAGAUGGGUCUUGUAUAGCAAAAGAAAAUCAUUGUAAUGAUAACGACGACUGUCCUGAUGGCAGUGACGAGAUCGGCUGUGACGAUAACUCGCAUUUAAAAUCAUUGGAUCAUCAUCACAAUCGUGCUAGCGCUACUCAUCAUCCACACCAUGGCCAACAUCAGCCGGCUCACGGCAAUCGCUGCGGACGCGACAAUUUCCAGUGUCACGAUGGCAUAUGUAUAGCAGGCUACAAAAAGUGCAAUGGAAUUGUUGACUGUCACGACGAGUCCGACGAACUCGAUUGUCCAUACGCUAACGAAGAUGAUGAUGAAAUCUGCAGCAGUGAUGAAUUUUACUGCGAUGGUAGAUGUUUGGAUAACAGCUUCCGCUGUGAUGGUAGAAUUGAUUGUCAGAACGCAGAAGACGAGGAUGACUGCGAAAUUGCUGGUAAAGUUUUAAUGCGCUUUAUAUGUAAUGACUAAUGAAACUAAACUUCACUAAAUCUGCCAAAUACUACACACUUAGAAAUAAAUAAUUUUACACGUGAUGGAAUCCAUCUCUGACAUAAAGGAUCAGACGUAAACAAAUAUUUCAUGUAAAAUUAAGUGCUCGGAGACUGAAAAGUUCGUAACUCGACGAAAAGUACGUUUGAUUUAGUUGAAUUUCGCGUCUGUUAGGACUCAAUUUUAUGUCAAAAUUGACGCUCGUAUAUGUCAGUCUCAGAGCACCUACAUUUACAUAAUUAUUUCUUAGUGUGUAGAAAAUAAGAACACAUAAUUUUAGUACGUAGCUUUACUAAAACAUGGCUAAUGAUCUAUAAAAAAAAAACUAAAUGAAUCAUAAAGCAUUUUUCAACAAUCUAUAUUCUGCAGUUAUCAUUCGCUGGUUUGGACAGUUUUGAAGCAAUCAAGCUUUGUAUAAAGAGAAAGAGAAGAAUUAGUCAUUUCCAUUUAAUUCCACUACCUUAUUGGCGUAUCCUUGACAGAUACGCGUAUUUCGUCUACAAUGUGCAGACUUCUUCAGUGUCUUGUACUAAUACUCGACUUAGUACAAGACACUGAUACAAGGAUAAGCAAAUAAGGUAGUGCAAUUAAAUGGAAAUUACUAAUCCUCCCCCUGAUAAAAAUUUACCAUAAAAAAACAAUAGAAGCUAUUGUUACAAUACAAUAAAACCUUUUGUUCAAUCAAUAAAUGUUAUUGUCAAAAAUAAUAAAAAAAUACAAUAGAACUUAUUGUUAUGUACAAUAUAAUCUUUU